CGCAGAUCUCUUUGUAAGUCUUACACACCAAUGAUUGAUCAUAUCGCAAUAAUGUUCGGCGGUUAGAUACCAUCAGUUGCGCAACAUAUCGAUCUUCUCUUUCGAGCAUUCCAAGGUUAUUAGUGGUCGAACCUCAAGCCAUAGGUACAUGACACCGAGUAAUGAGGUGUCAGCCUCUGCAUACGAGCACACCACAAAGGCCUUUGGAUGUUACACAACAUCAGCUGUGCGCUACAUUCGUUAUCAUGCUUCCAAAAAGUAUGACUCUCAUGUACUCUGCUUUCGCUGAUAGACGGAAAGUACUAGAUUCAGCUGCUUAUGUGAGAUUGAUAUAUUGUUUGGAUCUUUCUCAUUGACUAUACACAGGGGCAAGAAUGUAUGCCUCCCAUAUACACAGGCAGGUGUGUCGGAUUGUUCGCCUUGAAUCAAUUCUCCCAUCUCGUUAUGUCUACUUCCACAACAUACAAGAUGCUCAGUCCAAGCUUUUCCGAGAUAGAUGGCGAAGCAUUGCCGUUUAUCGAGGCCAAAGAGGAAGAGAGCACGACUCGCCCUCAGAGGAGACAGCAGAGCAUAGCUUGUAUUAACCCUUUGGUCGCUCUGCCCUGGCUGCUUGUAAUCUUGUGCAUUGGCUAUAUACUGGCUCAAGACGUACGAUCACCUAGUGAGCUCGAAUGUACAAGAUUACUGAAUCCAUACUCCCCGUUGAUCGAAGCCGGAGUCAUUGAGUACUACGAUGCCGACUUCGAUAAUGAGUUCGCUCACAAAACGGCGUAUCGAGGACCACCGACAGUGCAAUUGGAGAGCGCCUGGGACCGUCUUUGGCGACGCGGCUCAACGGAAGUUCCUACGGACCGCAUUGGCAAACUAAAUCGCUCGUCGUCGAAACUCGUCCACGCCGGCGGUGAUCCAUCUAGAGGCUAUGUCGCUCUACUUGAGGUCUCACAUGAACUUCACUGUCUCAACAUGAUCAGGCAGUACACCUGGAAAGACUACUACCGCGAGCACGCAGAAGAAUUUCUGAAUAGCGAAAUUGACCUCAAUAUCACCGAUGCCAGGAAUGUCGGUGAUCGCAUGCACGUCGACCACUGUUUCGAAACACUGCGGCUAGUGCUGAUGUGCAACGCUGAUGUGACGCCCUCGCUGAUCAUAAACAAUACGAACAAGCCUCAUGGCACGAAAGCAGAUUUCAAUACCUUCCACAAGUGCAGGAACUUUGACAGGAUAGUGGACUGGCAAGAGAAGCAUGAUGCCGACUUGCAUGAGGAGCAUUAGGGCUUCGUGUCGGCCGAAAAAGUCUUUGGUGAUGUGUCUGUUUAGUAGAGUGGGUUUGGUCCUAAAAUAGCAGCUUUAUAAUGUAGGCAGAGAAAUGAAGACGUUACU